AACGGCAACGCUGGCUACCCUGCAGACCGACAAAUAAUUGUACAUAAUAUUUGUGUAAAAAUGAAUUCGGCUUUGUUACGGGGUUUUCUGAAUAAAACUUGGAGAACUUCCAUACUAGUUCCCUUAAAAACUUACGUUCCCCAACCGCCAGUGCUAUUGAACUUGAAUUGUUCCCGUAACACCAGUUUUUUUAACAAAUUACCUGCUGAGGAUAUUUGGCGUGGAGUUACAGCAGUUAGUAAUGCUGGCAAGAAAAGAGGUCGUGGAAAGGGAACGGGAAAAAAGACGGCAAAGGAUCUGAAUAGAGGGCAAACCAUCGGUCUUGGAAAAAAGAAUUUCGUAUGGCCGGGUCUAAAUUCACCGAUUAUCCGCGGAAAUGAUCUUAUUCAACAGCAGCCACUGGCUGAAAACUUGGAGAGAGAAAAGAAUAUUAUAAAGCUGCGUGAUUCUAUGGGUGGCUUUAGAAUGAUGAAGCUUAAUCCAAUAGAUCGUGGAUGGUCUGGAAGCAAAAUGCCCGGUCGUAGUAUUGGACCCCCAGAUGCAGUUGGUGAUGAGGAAUUCGAAUCAUUCGACACUCGCGUUUUGGAGAAUAAAAUUGUCUUCAUUAUGAAAGGCAAUAUGGGCAGGAAACGAAGGUAUUCCGUGUUAUCUGUGACCGGAAAUGGCAAUGGUUUGGCAGGAUUUUCUGUGGCCAAAGCUCCAGAGGUUCGAACAGCUUUACGAAAAUCAAAAAAUCGAGCGGGACAAAAACUAAUUAAUAUUGAUUUAUGUGAAAAUAGAACUAUUUACCACGAUUUUUACACUGGUUUUGGCAAGACGAAAAUAUUUUGCUUCAAAAAACCGGAGGGUUAUGGUUUGGUCUGCCAUCGGGCCAUUCAAACCAUUUGUAAGGUUGUAGGUAUUAAGGAUCUGUAUGCUAAAAUUGAGGGAUCGACAAAUCUGCAACAUAUAGUUAAAGCAUUUUUCAUUGGCCUUAUGCGACAGAAGUCCUACCAAACGAUUGCCAAUGCAACAAAUUUGCAUGUUGUUGAAUUCCAAAAGGCCACCAACGGCGUCGCACAAAUACAAGCAGUCCCUUUGACAACGGAAGCGACUAACAAGCCACCAAAUCGGAUUAUAGACUUCAUGCAAUAUACAUUGGGAAACAAAAUCGUGUUAAAAAAGAAAAAAAUUGCUCCAUUUUAUGUGAAUACGAAAGGACAUACCCUAUAUCAAAUUAAACAGGAGCGUUUUAGAAAUCAAGCAAAUGUACGCCUUCACAAAUUGGUUAAUCAAUGAUUAAAUAAAAUGUUAAACUGAAA